AUGAGAUCAAAAGUGACCUCCACUUUUCUCGUAUUAUUGUUGAUAUCCCUUUUACAAGGUGUUCCGGACCAUGCUGGUACAGAAUUCAUUGUCGGAUUCAUGUCUAUAGUAGGUAGCGAUCAGGGCGCUUCACUGAUCAUAAGUACCUCGAUUCCAACUGAGGUUAAAGUUCUUCUGAGUACUGCGGAUGGCAGUUAUAGAGUAAAUCUUAAUGUUUCUUGCAAUCGUGGCCAAAAAGUUUAUCUACCGGCCAGUAUUCGGCUGCAAGACGGGAUACCAAAAGACUCAAAAGGUAUUAUCAUUGAAUCUAGCGGUGACAUUGUGGUGACAGGGUCAAAUGCAGCAAGCAGUUCAUAUGAUUCAUUUAUGGCAUUGCCCACCAAUGUCAUCGGUUCUGAUUACUUUGCUGUAACGUACUCACAGAAUGGCCAAGUCUGCCAGGUGCUAGUGGUCGGUGUCAACGAUUCCACUACUGUUAAAAUCACCCUGAAUCCAUCCCUAAAAGACCAUUUUGUCCUGUUUGAAAAUAGACAAUAUUUAGCAGGACAAACAUUUACCGUAGAACUAAAUCGGUAUGAAACGUUUGAAUUUGAAAGUAUUGGAGACCUUUCUGGAACGCGAAUAAGAUCAAACAACAUUAUUGCCGUAUUCAGCGGGAACAAAGACACUUACAUUGGAAGCAGAACGUAUCUCACUACUAACCUUGUAGAACAACUAACACCGGUGGACACCUGGGGAAAUGUUUUUAUAUUAGUACCAGUUCCUUAUGCAUACGCAAGCGUUUUAUUUUGGCUCUUGGCAAGUGAGAAUUCUACCACAAUCAACCUAUCGGGUGACUUUACACCCACAACUUACACUAUCCAUGAAGGGGAGACAAUCCAAAUAGAAUGUCCGCAUCGAAAUCUAGGUUACUUGGUUUCUAACAAACCUAUUUUGGUUAUUGAAUUCUCUCAGGGCUACAGUAGCCUGCUAUCGAGUAACAAUCCAACCAUGAUUCUUAUUCCACCAGUGGAACAGUUCCACACAACUUACACAUUCAGAACUGUUGGAUUUGUGAACUAUUUCGUAUUUGUUGUACAGAAAGACCAUUUUGAAGGCCUGCUCUAUGACGGAAAAGUUUUCCCUUCGUCUUCAUUAUUGCUUACCUCUGUGACUGGCACAAAUUUUGCCACUAGCUUCAUCUCCGUGUCAGACGGGUCCCACACUGUACGACAUAGCUUGCCUCAUGUUACAUUCGGUGGAUUUCUGUACGGCUACGUUUCUUCCGUAAGCACAUUUGGAAUUCCUUUGGGGAUGCGGAUGGUCGCUAUCAACUUUCCCUGCAGGAAGUCACAGUCUGAGGUUGGAGACGGGAAAGACAACGACUGUGACGGGAGGAUAGACGAAGAGCCAUGUAUAGGAAAUGGAGACAAGGAUGAGGACGGAGAUGGCCUUUUCAAUGAGGACUGUGUAGCUAUCCCUGAAGUUGAUGGAGGAUGGAGCACAUGGGCAGUUUCAAAAUGUUCGCUGACGUGCUCUGACGGGACCAAUACAGGAAUUCAAAGUAAGCAGCGAAGUUGUACAAAUCCAAUUCCGAGGUGUGAUGGAGAAAGAUGUGAAGGAAAUUCCUUCGAAACAUCUGAAUGUCUGUCGGAGAUCCCGUGUCCAAUCAAUGGUGAUUGGACAGAAUGGUCAUCGUGGACGUCAUGCUCGGUGACAUGUUCUUGGACUCAAUUGCUAGUGACGGGAAAGAAACAACGAACCCGUGAAUGUACAAAUCCAGUCCCUCAAUUUGACGGCAGUCCAUGUGUAGGAUCUGGUAUAUCUGUAUCAGUUUGUAGCAGUACACAGAAGUGUCCCGUACCAGACGAUGAAGUAACCAAUGCUGCAAUGCAUACUGCUGAUGUGUUCACGAAUACGGCACACACUGAUGAUGUUUCCUCUUCUACAAUGCUUACCGAUGACGUAUCCAGUCUAACCGUAGUAACUAGUGCCUUGUCCACAACUACAACACUCAUGGCUGACAAAUCUACUACACUCACUAGUGCCUUGUCCACAACUACAGCACUCAUGGCUGAUACAUCUACUACAACAUCACUCACUAGAGACAUUUCUACAACUACAACACUCAAGGCUGAUAAAUCUACCACAACAACACUCACUAGUGCCUUGUCAACAACUACAUCACUCAUGGCUGAUAAAUCUACUACAUCAACACUCACUAGAGACAUUUCGACAACUACAACACUCAAGGCUGACAAAUCUACUACAACAACACUCAUUAGUGCCUUGUCCACAACUACAACACUCAUGGCUGAUACAUCUACUACAACAACACUCACUAGUGCCUUGUCCACAACUACAACACCCAUGGCUGAUACAUCUACUACAACAGUACUCAAUGGUGGUAUUUCACCAACAACAAUACUCAUGGCUGACAAAUCUACUACAACAGCACUCAUUGGUGAUAUAUCCACAACUACAACACUCACGGCUGACAAAUCUACUACAACAACACCGACUGGUGAUAUUUCAACAACUACAACACUCAUGGCUGACAAAUCUACUACAACAGCACUCAUUGGUGAUAUUUCCACAACUACAGCGGUAAUUGAUGACGUGACCACCACCACCACGGAAUUCUUUGAUGACACAUCAACUGCCGGAGUGCUUGAUGUAUCUAUCACUCAUGGGGAUCUCUCUACUUCCUCUAUCAUUCCGUUGACAACCUCCUACCCGGUGCCCUACACAAUGACAACAACGAUAAAUCCUAUCGAAUCAGGGUCCCUAAGUACAACAACGGAUUCGGAAACGACUCAUUGGAGUACUGUUGAUAUACAAACCACAAUACCAGUUGAUGCUUAUUCUAUUACCGAGUCAAUUGCUCAAGUCUCCGAUAACCCUGUCUCAACCCCCGCUACAUCUUUGAUCUGUAACUGCAAUACGUAUACUUGUUUCAACCCUGACGUAGAUGAAUUGUAUCAAAUUAUAAAACAACUAAAGGCUGAGCUACGGAUCUUCCGAAAUCAGACAAGUCGUUACAAACGAAGCCUUGUUUCGGCAGACGACAAGCGUCCUUCAGCACAGGCAGCCGGGUACAUCGGAACUCUAAUUCUGGCUGGUCUUGGAGUAUUCCUGAUAGCCAUGGACAAAGGGAAUCUACUAAAUAUGUUUACUAUAAUGAAAACGAAUCUUCGCUCUCGAUAG